AUGAGUAGAACACCAGAAUUAUUAUUCGAGCAACCUAACGUUGAAAAUACAGUUCCAUUGUCACUUUAUCAAUCAUCAUCUCCAGAAAGAUUUGGCUUAGAAGACGAAAAUUUGGUUCUUCAUGCUGGGGGAAAAGGCUACACGCUAAAAGUGCUGCAGAAUGAUUCAUUGUAUGACCUUCAAUUAGAUCCUGCUAUAGCGAAAGCUGACAUGUCGCAAAUCUCUUUGUUUGUACUUAACUCAUAUUUUUUAAUAUGGUUUGACUCUGAGGAUUUCGGACUAAAAAUGCCUUAUCAGUCAAUAAUAUUACAUGCUAUCCCGACUGAUCAACCAAAUUCAUUACUAUUACAAACUACAGCCAAUAAAUAUUUCAAUAUUGUCCCAAAAAUGACCACGGACUUUAUACUGAGUAUUGAUUUGAUCAUGACAAAGCAUGAAGACAAAUUACAGGAGCCGCAACCAUUAUUCCCUAGCGGAUCUUCAUCUAUACAGCAGGUCUACGAGUCAUUGUCAAAUUGUUCAAACUAUCAUUAUGACGACGAUUCUGAAGAGGAGGAUGCCACAGGUGAGCUACUAUUUCCGCAUGAUUUCGACCGACGUGCGAUUCAAAUGCCUAGUCUACCAAUGGAAGAUUCAGAGUUGGUCAUUGAAAAUGAUGGAAACGCUGAUGAUUUAGACGCAGUUGGAAUUCUCUCAGAUGAUGGGACGUCUGGCAUGGAUAUAGACGUAGGGUAUUCUUCGAUAGCUGGCACGAUCAGAAAAAGGGAUGACGACGGAGAUGAGAUGACGAAGAGCAGAAGAAUAGUAUAG